AUGGCCCAGGAGAAAAUGGAGCUGGACUUUGAGCAUGGCACAUCUCUUGGGGGCACCCUGAGAAGAUCCAGCAGCGCUCCCCUGAUUCGUGGGCUCAGUGACCUUUCGCAGGUUUUUCAGCCUUACACACUUAGAACUCGGUGGAAUAGUGCAACGAUUAUGAGCAGUCACAGCCUGUUGCUGUCAUCGUCAUCUAAUGGGAUUUCUAGUAGCAGACUGCAUCAAAUCAAAAAGGAGGAAGGCACGGAUAUCAUGAACAGAGAAACUGCCCAUGAAAGGGAAGUGCAAGCAGCCAUGCAGAUGAGCCAGUCAUGGGAUGAGAGCUUGAGCCUGAGUGAUAGUGAUUUUGAGAAGCCAGAGAAAUUAUAUUCUCCUAAAAGGAUUGACUUCACUCCAGUUUCUCCGGCACCAUCACCCACCAGAGGACUUGGAAAGCAAUCUUAUUCACCAACCUUACAAAUGUUGAGCAGCAGUGGGCUACCACCAAGUCCCACUACUAGUCCGAGACAUUUCUCCAGCAGGAGGAGUCAGAGCCCAGUCAAAUGCAUUCGACCCAAUGCUCUUGGUCCUGUUAAAAGAAAAGGUGAAAUGGAGUCCGAAAGCCAGCCUAAGAGGCUCUUCCAAGGCUCUACCAGUAUUCUGCCUUCGGAAAAUGCACACUUGUCUGAACUCAGUUCAUGGUGUUGUUAUCAAGGAGAAGAAAUUCCUGCCUUGACCAGAUGUGUGGAGCACCUUCAAAUGAAUGAAUAA